UUAAGGCUCUUUUUGUUUCUUCGAAAUUUGAGAAUAUCUUAAGCAUGUUUCAUAUUUGGUACAGACUUAUGUUGAGUAGAAGCAAUCAUCCUUUUACUUCCUCAUUCCAAUCCAACGUUUUGGUUUGUUUGUAAAUAGCUUACUCGUUGGUAAAUAGAGAUGUACUAAAUGGACCCAGUACCAUUUCUGGGGUACAUAGGGGAGAAAGUUCUAUUUGUCGAGAAAUGUGGUUAUCAAACUUUUUAUAAAUAAGAAGGCAGAUGAUUUCAGAAAGUAUUCACUUUGUUGGAUGAUGGUAAUUUUAAGAGAAGACAUAUCUGGGGGCUUGGAGUUCGUAAAAAUUUCAUUAUUCAAUGAUAUAAACAAUUCAGAUAUUCCUCCAAUGAUGACCUACACUUCUUCUUGUGUAUUAACAAGUGAUUCCUGUACAGAAGAAUUUGAGAGUGUGCCUUUACCUUGUACCUGUGAUGACAACUGUUUGAAAAAAUGUUCUUGUUGGGAUACAGAAGUCUAUACAAACGGUAAACUAGCUGAAAAUUAUAGUAACGACUUUGGAAAGCCUAUUAUCGAAUGUUCUAAUUUAUGUAGUUGCACUGAAGAAUGCUCGAACCGCAUUGUUCAGCAAGGAAUUUGUUUUUCACUGCAAGUGUUCAUGACGAUGUCUAGAGGAUUUGGCGUUCGAACAAUGGAAUUUAUUCCUAAAUCAUCAUUUGUUUGUGAAUAUGCUGGCGAAGUAAUAGAUGUUCAUGAAGCCAAAAAGCGUUUAGCAAAACAAGAAUUUGAUUGUAUGAAUUAUAUCUUUGUGAUCCGCGAAUACUGUUCUAAAGAAGUUUGCAAGAGGACUAUCAUUGAUCCUACAAUAGUUGGAAAUAUUGGACGAUAUUUAAACCAUUCUUGUUCACCAAAUCUGAUUUCAGUUCCUGUUAGAUCUAAUAGUAUGGUACCAAAGAUAUGUUUUUUUGCGAAUUGUGAUAUAGAUCCUCUGCAGGAACUGACGUAUGAUUAUGGAGGAUCUUCUGAAAUUCGCAAUGCUAAUAUCAAAAAACUGAAUUUAAUAAGUGCUGAUAAUGCAAGAAAAUGCUUGUGUGGAAGUAAAAACUGUACUGCAUAUUUACCGUUUAGUAAUGAUUUAUUGUAAUAAUAUAAUUUAUGUAUAUAUAUAUAUAUGAUACUUGAAAUGUAAUGUAAUGUUAAACAUGUUUACUCUAAAUGAUUUAUGUUGAUACAGUAAAUAAAAUGGAAAAUAGA